ACUGGCCUCUGUGCAGGAGUCUCGUUGCUAUCCAUAUUUUCCCUGAGAAUAAUAGUAUGGAGGAAUCAUAAAUCAGGUUACCUAAAAAUAUGAUUUAUUAUAUAUUUACGGACAUUCACUGUACGCUACGUAAGUAUUUAUUUUUACGUUUUCGGAAUUAAAAUAACAUCCAGCGAGGUGAUGGAUAAACAGUGCAAACAGUUUAUUUGUGAAAUCUCACAUUAAACGUAACGCUUUCAAGCAAUAAUAAUAAGCUUGCAACAUACGUCGGACAUGGAGGACGAUGCACCUGUGAUAUACGGCCUCGAAUUUCAGGCUCGUGCACUAACUUCCCAGACAGCUGAAUCGGAUGCCAUUCGUUUUCUUGUGGGCACCCAGUCCCUCAAAUUUGACAAUCAGAUCCACAUCAUUGACUUUGAUGAUGAGAAUAACAUCAUUAGUAAGAGCGUCCUGCAGCACCAGGCAGGGGAGAUAUGGCACAUCAGCGCCAGUCCUGCAGAUAAAGCCGUGCUGGCGACCUGCUACAACAAAACCAGUGAGAGUCGCGUGGUGACGUGUGGGGCUGUUUGGAGGAUGCCCCCAGAGUGGGAGUCAGGGAGCCAUGAAUCCCCAGACGAUCCCCACAACUCCCACAACCCCCAGAACCUGGAACUCCUCUGUCACCUUGACAACAGCUCCCACGGCAACGCCUCCUGUGUCCUGUGGGAGCCCAUGGGAGAUGGGAAGCAUGUGAUCUCUCUGGCUGAUAACCACGCUCUGCUCUGGGACCUGACGGAGAGCUCUACCCAGGCCACGAUCUCCAGCAGUGCCACCUUAGAGGGUAAAGGUCAACUGAAGUUCACGGCUGGGAAGUGGAGUCCACAUCACAACUGUACCCAGCUGGCCACAGCCAACGACACAGCCAUCAGAGGCUGGGACCUCCGUACCAUGAGUCAGAUCUACUGCAUCGAGAAUGCUCACGGGCAGCUGGUUCGAGACCUGGACUUCAAUCCUAACAAACAGUACUACCUGGCCAGCUGUGGGGACGACUGCAAGGUCAAAUUCUGGGACGUGAGAAACAUCAACGAGCCAGUUAAGAACCUGGAAGAGCACUCCCACUGGGUGUGGAGCGUGCGCUACAACCACUCUCAUGACCAGCUGGUGCUGACCGGCAGCAGUGACAGCAGGGUGAUUCUGUCCAACAUGGUGUCCAUCUCCUCCGAGCCCUUCGGUCACCUGGUGGACGACGAUGACCUCAGCGACGGAGAGGACAACCACCAGGACGAGAAAACUAAGGAGCCCCUGCAGGACAGUAUCAUAUCUACCUAUGAAGAGCAUGAGGACAGUGUAUACGCGGUGGAGUGGUCCUCGGCAGACCCAUGGCUCUUUGCCUCACUCAGCUACGACGGCAGACUUGUCAUCAACAGGGUCCCCCGCGCACUCAAAUACCAUAUCCUGCUCUAGACAGACCUCACACUGGACUGAGAAAAGAGGGAUAGAGGGUGAGGUAUGGGGGGAGGGAUGGGGAGAGAGGGG